CAUCGUUGAGUGUUUCAUUAUCAUGCCGGUCGCUUCCGCCAUGCAAGGUGGAUCAUCAGGCAUUGGCUACGGGCUGAAAUACCAGGCUCGAAGCAUCGCUGAUGUCAAAGCAGAUACAGAUCACACCAGCUUCAUCACCGGUACUCUCAGUCUCAAAGACGUAAAUGAGGUGCAUUUGAUUCGUCUCUCGUCGAGUGGAUCCGAGCUCAUAUGUGAGGGUUUGUUUUCUCACCCCAAUGAGAUCUGGGACCUCGCAUCUUGCCCCUUCGACCAACGCAUUUUCUCUACCGUCUUCUCCACUGUUCAAUCAACUGGCUUAAUUCGUAAUGUGGAUUACAACCCCAAGAGGAAACAUUUACUUGUAACUGCUGUGGAAGAAACUGGAAUAUCUCUCUGGGACCUUAGGAAGCCAAAAGUCCCAAUUCAACAGCUUCCUGGACAAACCCACUGGACUUGUGCUGCUCGUUCUAAUCCUGAACAUGAUGGGCUAAUCUUGAGUGCUGGUACUCAUUCAGCUGUUAGCUUAUGGUUGCCAUCUGUGUGUAAUGGUGAACUGAAAUCGGAAAGGUCGGUUGAUUCACCACCACAGCAAGGUGAUCCAUUAUUACAUUCUUACAGUGACUACGAAGACAGCGUUUAUGGCCUUGCUUGGAGCUUUCGUGAGCCUUGGAUCUUUGCAUCAUUGUCCUAUGAUGGGAGGGUCGUUGUAGAAUCAGUGAAGCCUUUUCUCUCGAGAUAAUGGAUUUCAUCUUGGAUUUUCUUUCCCAAUAUUGAUUGCUUCCUCGGUUUGAUUUAGAGUUUCUCAUUACGGCUACUGGACUUGCGUUAACCCUCCCAUCAAAGCUUACAUCUGUUCCACAGCAGGAGUGACCAUUGUUUCUGGAUUUAGUUCAAACAAGUCUUUAUGACGUUAUUUACGAGAUCACUGGACGAGCACGACCACAGUAACGGAGAAAGUAUACACUACCCAGGGAGUAAUUUUAUUGUUCUGAAGAUGCCAUAGCUGUUAUGAACAAGCAAGUACCUUUCUUCUACCGUUUGUUGUUUUGUUGUGUUGAACUUACUCAACUAGUGCAUACAG